UGUUGAUUGUUUGUUGAUGGAGUUCGUAGGUUUUGUGGUACUGAUGGUGUUUCUCGCUCUCGUCGGCGGGUACAUCGUGACCUCGCUGCUUCUCUUGAGGUUCCCGAACCUCAUUCACAAGAAAAAGAAACUUAAAUUCAGAUGUCGACACAUAAGUCACCGAGGAGGUGCGGGGGAGAACCUAGAGAACACAAUGGCAGCGUUCCAGCAUGCGAUGUCACGGAACACAGAGAUGCUGGAACUCGACUGUCAUGUGACACGAGAUGGUCAGGUGGUCGUGUCACAUGACGAGUCCCUGGAACGAGCAUGUGGAUACAGUGGCAAGAUCUCUAGCAUGGAUUAUAAGGAUCUCCCUCCUCUGAAACCCUGUUUGAAUGUGGACUUCAGCUCUGGUCACGAGAUCCAGGGAGGAGAAGAUCGUCAGAUUCCACUACUGAAGGACGUGUUCGACGCCUUCCCUAACUUGGUCAUCAACAUCGACAUCAAAGUAGACGAUGAUGAGCUCAUCACUAAGGUGUCGGAGCUGGUGCGGGACUAUAAGAGGGAGUCGAUCACUGGCUGGGGCAACAGUGACAAGGUGGAGUCCAAGCUACACAAACAGAAUCCAGAGAUCCCGCUGAUUUUCUCCAUGAGGAGGGUCGUCCUGCUUCUCUUCUAUUUCUACUCGGGGUUACUUCCCUUUAUUCCACUGAAGGAAUCUCUGCUGGAGGUCAUCAUGCCAAGCAUUCUCUUGGAUGAAGCCAAGACACCGAUAAAACUUUCCAAAAAACAGAGGUUUGCCAUCCGAGUUGUUGAAGCGCUGAUGAUGAGACCAGUGCUGUUUAAACACCUGGAGAGACGAGGUAUACAGACAUAUCUCUGGGUACUGAACACAGAGGAGGAGUUUGAGCGAGCAUUUAAACUUGGUGUGCAUGGCGUCAUGACCGACUUCCCUACAAAGUUGGCGGACUUCCUGGAUGCCCACCCGCAGUACCGGCAAUAGACUCUCUUUGACCAUCCUCCUUAAACCUGAACAAUGUCAUCGACCUCUCGGCGACGUGCAGUCAGUGUGCUUUUCUGGAAUUAUGAUGAUGUAUUUCUGCUACUGGGUCAGCAUUACCAUUGACCAACGCUUCAGAAGUUUGGAGUCGGAGAAAACAUUAUUUCUUUACAAUUUCUAAGAAUACAAAAAUUCAGAAAUAGAAUGUGUGGUAAGGGAGGUAACUCUUUGACCAAACAUGUACUGAAAGCUCAGUGCGGCAUGAUUUCUAAUGUUUCAUAAAUCUUCAUAUGUUGUGACAAAACUGCUUUGCUAUUUUUUAAUUUGAUUUCCAAUCAGAAAAUUGUUUAAAUAUGUUGUUACUUAAGAAAACGUGUUUGGUCCAUGUGUAAGGUUGUAAUAUAUAUUGUCUUAAUAGCCUUACUAAGUCAUGGUGAAAUGCUUUAAGUAAGAACCAGUCAUGUUCAAGUUAAUUGAAAUCAUAUCGGGGACACAGUCACAUGACUUUUCCCAUUGACUGAAUAAUCAGUUACCGAGGUUACAAUCUUUCAUUAAUGCUUAACAUGUUGAAUUGCCAAUAUAAAGCUGAAUUAUGCCACUGACAGCUGUUGAAAUGUGCCUAUGGGUUGAUGAGUUACCAUGGUUACAGGCUAAGUUGAUGAGUUACCAUGGUUACAGGCUAAGUUGAUCAGUUACCAUGGUUACAGGCUAAGAUAUUUGCCUACUCAAAGGGCACCUAGGCUCUUCCAUUUAUGUUUUCUUUCAAGCAUAAGGCUAGCUUAAAGUCCGCAAUAUCAGACCCACUAAUGAGAAGCUAAAUGUACGACCCUGUCUUUGAUAGCAUUAUUAUUGGUAUGUUUGUUUCACUUAUGUUUCAAGAUCAAUAUUUUUUUAAAGAGAAUUAGCAUCAAAUCAACUUUGAAUAUUUUUGACAUAUAUAUUUGGGUCCUGCAUGUUUUGUAUUGGACAUGGAAUCUGUAAACACAAGAAAACAUUGAUGGUCUUGCUUUUGGAGAUGAUUAUAUCUCAACUAUUGUGAAGAAAGUAGCACCUGGUCAGAUGAUUAUAUCUCAACUAUUGUGAAGAAAGUAGCACCUCGUCAGGUGUGCUUGUAUGGCCUCGUGGUUGUUUGGGCAUCCUUGUUGUGGUGUAUGUGUGGGUGUGUGCGAGUGUUCGCGUGUAUGUGUGUGUGCGCACUGAUGCAUAUGUGUAUGUUUACGUGCAUGUGAGUGCGUGCAAGCGUGUGUGCAUGCCUGUGUUUGUACUUGCUUAUGUCUGCGUCUGUUUGCGUGUGAAGAUAUGUUUGUCGUUUUGGAGAAUCCUAUUGGGUGUUCCAGACCAGAUUCUGCUCACUGGUCACAAGUGUGACAGUCAUGAUAGUGACUGUAAAGUAAUAUAUUUUUUGUGCCAUAUUGUCAGGGUAUUCAUCUAUUAUGUGUCCGUGUUGGAGGGGAAUAUUAGUAGACAGUGUUGUCUUAAACUAUUUUAUUCACUGAUCUUGUAUUUAAUGAUUUCACAUAUCAGUUUUAUACAAAAUUAUUUCUGGUUAACCUUAGUAUUUAACUGUCAGAUAUAACACGUAACAGGAGUGUUUCUGUCUAUCUCGGUGUAUCAGCGUUAUGUCGGGAAACACAAAGUGAUGCAAAUGUUGGUGAUGCAGACAUUUACCCCAAACCCACAGACACAAGCAGGGUGCAGACAAAGCUAGAAACAUGGCCCAGGUUGGGUAACUUGGCUACCUACGUCUGUCAGUUGUUACGUGUGUGAGGACUGACCUAUCUAGGAUGCCCCACCUUACAUUGCACCGAAGGAGACAGUGUCUACUGUAGGAUGGACAUCCCACAAGUAAAGCCAGCAGCUGGUGCUGAAACACCCAGGUUUACAAUCACAGAGGGCAGCAUGAUAAUACUGGAAUAUUGCUCAAAGCGGCAUAAAACCCAACUCACUCACUCACUCACAGAAGGCAGUACAGGGGGUCAUACAUGGCAGCAGCCAUAAAGGGAGGUAACUGCAAGUUCAUAUCUGCCAUGGUUACUGCCACACUGUGAUCAUUCUGGAGCUUGCUACUGCCACCCAACUCUAUGUUAUCGCUCACAGUAAGGUCACACUAUGAUGUGUGAUGUGAGAAUGGAAGUCAACAUUUGGCAUAAGGUGUACUGGUUCAUUUAUGGUGGGAACAUCCUAACAUUGUCAAAGUUGUGUCAGUGGCAGAAACGGGGAGAGAAAUUAAACACAAGUAUACUGUCA